UGGUGGACAGAUCGCCGGAUGUAACGGAAAGCGAGGAAGAGUGGGCGGAAAUCCAGAGAAGGAGAAGAGUAGAACAAAGCAACAGAUCAAAUGAAAUAGCGACGCAUAAGCACGAGGUCAGAUAAAAAAAUGUAAAGAAAUACGUAGGAAGUGAAACAGUGGAUAGGAAAGAGAAUAUAGGGAAAAGGUCCAUAGAAAAGGAAGUUAGAGAGAAAAAUAAUAAUUAUAAUACCAAUAGUCUCCAAGAGAAUAAGGGAUAUAAAGACGCACGUGUCCAAGCGGUAAUAACAACGAAUUCAGGUAAGAGCAUCAAACUAACUGAACUCUACAAAGUCGACCAAGAUGAGGAGGAGGUAAAUUCCAGAGAGGACGAAUACCUCAAAUUCUGUGAAUGAUUUCAAAGCAGCGUCAAAAAUCAAAAAAGUUAACUAUAUAAGAAUUUUCAAAAACAUACACAUUUAAUUCACAGAUCGAAUCAAUUAGAAUGAUUACAUAUAGAGGAGCAGAAAUAAAAUUCAAAGAUCCACACAGAGGCAAAACAAUAGUAAAGGAACUACAAAGCAGAAAUAAAGAUAGCAUGGAAUUCCGCAUCCCAUUCAGGGCGCAGGAAAGAUGAGGUGUCACGAGGAAAUGGGAAUUCUCACCAGCCGAACUCAUCCAGGAAGCAGAGGAGGGACAAGGACUAAUCUCAGCCGAAAGGCGUCACAACAGAAAAAGGAAUGGACUACAAAGAGACUGGUAUGAUUUUACUAAAAUUUGCAGGAGACUCGCUCCCAACGAGGUUAAGCAUAUAUGACGGUGUCAUAAGCCUAAAGAUAACCCCAUACGUCAAGGCGGUAAAACAGUGUUUCAAUUGCCUGCAAUACGGGCACUUCAGACAAAAAUGCAGAAGAGAAGUGAAAAUGUGUUUUAUAUGUGGGGAUGUUUACCAUGGUAACUGCGAUAGGAAACUGCAAUGUGUGAACUGCAGGGGCGAACACUAAGCAUUAAGCAGAAAGAUUAAUGGCCUACAAAAAUUUAAGCCUCCUCGAGGCAAGACAAUUAGCAAAAAUGGAACUGGGAAUAUUCGAUAAAUCCAGGAAAGAUGAUAGAGAGAUAGAGAGCCUGAGAGUGGACGAUCUGAACUUCCCAAAGCUUUAACCAAAAAGAAAGAACUCAUACAAGGAAACCGAAAGAUGGGAAAACUUAUCUGUUCCAAUAAACAAGGGCAGAUGGAACAGAAACCAGGAAAUUAAACAGUCAACAUUUGAAUCAAAAAAUAGAUAUGAAAAUCUGCACUCGAUAGAGGAUUACCAUAAAAACAGACAUGAAUCCUUCAUCCCCAUGGCUCAAGCAGAGGAAGAAGAAGUAAAUAAAAGAUACGAAAAUAUAAGAGCAAAACCAAUGCACAAGGGUAGAAGACCACUGACAGAAGAAGAUAUAAACCUAUUACUGGACUGGAUACACCAAGAGAAGAUGGAAGAUAUGGUUAUUGAAAAAAUUAACAGAAAUCGAAGAAUUAACCACCCCAAAAGGAUUGACCUACACGACGAAGGAUAUAACUAUAAUAGAAAAAACAGAUAUCCCCAAAGAAGAUUCGGGACGAACGUCAACUUCGAGGACUCCCUGCCCAAAGAGGCUUUCAAAUCCACGAGGACGGAGGAGCUUGACGAAGAUCUUAGUUUCAUAAAAUCAUCCAGAAAUUCAAACCAAACUGACAGGUACAGAAAGAUGUACUUCAGGAAAGUAAAUAAUAAGGAGUUCAAAGAAGAAGUAAGAUCCAGGAUAUCCAAAAUGACUGGCUCGAUUCAUCAGAAGGAAUCGAUAGAAGACAUAGAAGCGAAUACUGGGAAAGAGUCAGAUAUAAUCCAAGAAAAAGAGAACAUGCACAAUAAUGUAAGAUUAGGUUUUUGGAAUGCUAGGAGCUUAAAUAAUAAGUAUAACGAAUUAAAAAGAAUAGUUGAUGAUUACGAUAUAUUUUGUGUAAACGAAACCUGGAUGUACAAAUGGACAUUUCAAAAAUUCAACGAGUAUAACAUUAUACAUAAUAAAAAUAACAGGAAGGAUAAUAAAAGCUUUACCACAUCAGGUACAGACAGAAAUCCUAAAGUAAACGCGAGCUAUGGAAAAUGAAAAGAAUUAUUCGAGGAUCUGGAAUUAAAAGACAACUCAAUAAUAAUAGGGGAUUUAAAUGCAAAGCAUACGGAGUGGAACUGUGGAACACAAGACAUCUCAGGAAAGAACUUAAAGGAAAUCCUAGAGGA